AUGCUUUCCAUCAAUGCCGAUCAAAUUCAACAGCAGACACUACCACACUCCCCGCAGAUAAUAUUUCAGACAGCCGAUCAUAACAACAGUACAGCAAAUCUGGAUGACCCGGUCGUAAUCUCCCUGCAACUCGGAGAUCUCCUAGUAAAAAAGGUGUUGCUGGACCUUGGGAGCAGUGCCGAUGUCCUAUUUUACUCCACAUUCCAAAAGAUGAAAUUGAGCAGCAACAUCCUCCAACCUUCUACUGGAGACCUGGUAGGUUUCUUAGGUGAGCGAGUCUCGGUUAUGGGCUCUGUGUGGUUACAAACCACACUCGGUAAGUUUCCCUCGUCAAAAACUUCAGACAUUCAAUACUUAGUUGUUGAUUGCUUCAGUCCUUACAAUUUAAUACUUGACCAACCUUUCUUAAAUAGGUUCGUCGCUAUAGUAUCUACAAUUCAUCUUUGUGUUAAGUUCCCUUUGCAGGAUAACACAAUUGUAGCCAUUCACAGUGAUGCCCGAGAAGUCAGGGAGUGCUACAACAAUAGUCUCAAAAGACCUAACCGAAACACCAUGUUCACAACAUCGGCAACAUGA